UUUAAUUUCAAUUAAAAUUUUAUUAAUAAAUUAAAUAAAUAUAAUUUUUAUUUAUAAAUUCAGUAAAUAGAAAACAAAGUAAUUUUGUCGCUAAUUCCCGAUGUAUUAACGAGGAAAAUUAACGACGAAAUAUCGAGGAUUAAUUAACGAGGAUUUUACGUGGAUUCCGUUACGAUUCUAUUACGACGAAUUCUUUUCGUGUUCCUUACGUUUUUAUUACGACGAAUUUGUUUAGAGGUUUUUUCGAGUCUUUUACGACGAAUCCUUUACGAGUUUUUUACGAGGAAAAACAACGACCGCGUUACGUGGAAACCCAACGUGGUCUUUACGACGAAAUCUUAAUUCUUCUUUACGAGGAAAAUUUAACCUCGCUAAUUAACGACGAAAUGGCGACGAAUCUUCUCUUACGACAAUCAUAUAACGACGAAACGCCUUUCAUCGCCAUUUCCUCGUAACUCUUCUUUUCCGAGGAAAUAACGACGAUUUUGGCCGUCGUUAAAUUUGUGUUUUCUUGUAGUGAUAGAUUGAAUACAUGAUAUAUUCACCAAAUCUUAUUGGUCACAUGAUGUUAAAGUUGACUAGCUUAAAGGUGGACUGAGGAUCGCCACAAAAGACUGUGGAACUAUAUUUGAUAAGAUCAUGAAUCAAGUCUUUGUGAAUUCACAUAUUAUACUAGAUCCACACUUGUAUUCUAAAAUAGAUAAUUUUUUUAAUGCACUUUCUAAAAUAAAUAGAUAAAAACUAGAAAUACCAAGAAAUGAACUCAAAAAAAAAAACUAAAGAAAUCCACCUAAAGACUCAUUUGAUCAAGACAUGAAAGUAAAACUUUUUUAAGAGAAAAGCUAUAUGUUUUUACUAUAAAUUUAUUUGUUUACAAUGAGGACAAUUGAUCUAUUUUAAAACUCUUAUAAAUGUAUAUUUAUAACAAAUUUAUAUCAAAAUAAAUUAUGUAAAGCUUAAUUUUGUAUUAAAUCAAAUAAUAGUUUCUUGCUAUCAAUUUUGAAUUUAGUAUUUGACAUUCAUUGAGAAUUAUUUAAUUUUUUGCAAAUGAUAAGGAUGAGAUUCUGGUAAUAAACCAUGUAUUGAAGACAAAUGGAUAACUGGUUCUGAUAGUACAUCAAUACACCUUCUUAGAAAAUAAUAUAGCGACAAAAUAAAUAAAUAAAUUUAGUAUUUUUAUUAUUGUGGCAAAUAUUUUGUGUUUAAGAAAAUUAUAUUCUUAAAUUGAUUACCAUUUAAUAGUUUUAUAUUGUUUUCCUUCUAUAAAUGAUAGAAAACAGAAACAAGAGCUAAAUAAUAUAUGUGUGCUUAUUGCAAAAUCUUGAACUGGCAAAUACAAAAUUUACAGAUGAAACAUUUUAAUUGGUCCUUUUGUUACAUGUAUCCACUUUUAAUAUGUAGACUAAGACUUUAUAUAUAUUUUAUAGGUUAGAUGUAUCUUUAUAGACUCAAAUUAGUAUACAAGGUGAGAAGGAAUGGAGUCACCAGAGAAAAAGACGCUCUCAAUUUUAACUGAAGAACCAAAAAGAGCGAGAUUUUCAUCAUCAGGCAUGUCUUUUAAAGGGUUGUUUGCCGCAGUCUCCUACAUGGCAUCCGCUGUUCUUCUAGUAAUUUUCAAUAAAGCAGCACUUUCUUCAUUUAGUUUUCCAAGUGCAAAUGUCAUAACUUUGCUUCAGAUGCUUUCUUCUUGUUUUAUUUUGUAUGUAAUGAAAUAUUUUAAGAUCAUAUCCUUCUGUACUGAUAAGUCUAAGAGCGAGCACGACAGUUUGUUAACUCUUGUUUCUCCGAGACGCUUGGUUCAGACUAUCCCUCUUGCAUUCACGUAUCUACUUUAUAUGCUAGUUACGAUGGAAUCUGUACGCAAUAUCAAUGUACCAAUGUACACUACUCUUCGACGCACAACUAUACUUUUUACAAUGAUCAUGGAAUAUUUUCUUUCUGGUCAAACGCAUUCAGCUUCAGUCAUCUCCAGUGUAGGAAUAAUUCUAUUAGGUGCUAUUAUCGCUGGAAUCCGGGACUUAUCAUUCGAUGCUUAUGGGUAUGGAUUGGUGUUCACAGCGAAUAUAUGUACCGCGACUUAUCUAGCGUUGAUUGCACGUACCGGAAAAUCUAGUGGCCUUAACACCUUUGGGCUAAUGUGGUGUAAUGGAAUAAUUUGCAUUCCCUUUUUGUUGUUCUGGACAACUAUAAAGGGUGAACUUAAAGCCAUGUUAUCCUUUCCUCAUCUCUAUUCCCUUGACUUUCAGGUGGUGAUAUGUUUUUCAUGUUUGUUGGCUUUCUUGAUAAAUUACUUUGUGUUCCUCAAUACAACAGUUAAUUCAGCACUAACACAUUCAAUAUGUGGUAAUAUGAAGGAUCUGUUUACAAUCUUACUAGGUUGGCUUAUAUUUGUUGGACUUCCCUUUGAUUGGAUUAACGUCGUGGGUCAAUCUCUCGGUUUUGCUGGAUCUAUGCUUUAUGCAUUUUUAAAAUAUAAAGGCAUGUAAAGUUACAAGUUUUUAAAACCAAAUAAAAUGUUAAAUCAGAAGCUAUUAUGUCAAUUUAGAAAACCUAAGACUGUGCUUGAUUUGAUAAUUUUACCAAAACUUUUUGUAACGACCCGAAUUUCGGUCUCGAAAUUUUGUUAGCGGGCUAAGGCCCAAGAAAUACCCGAAGUCCAAAAUUUUUGUCUAUAAAUACUCCAUCCUCAUUGUUUUCUCCUCCUACACAUCAAGAAAAAAAAAUCAGAAAGAAAAAGAAAAAAGAAAAGAGAGAAAGAGAAAAAGAGAAAAAGUUCAAGGACAAGAAAAGAUGGGAAACCUUUCUAGUACAGUCACCUGAGCUCGUCGCCGGAUCUACCACACACAGAGUCGACGUUGAGCUCGUCACCACCAUUCGCUGUAGCCUAGAAUCGCCGGAAACCGCCACCUCAUAAGCUUUGUUUUUGUCCGUUCAGUAAUUCAGCCAUAUCUUCCUAACCGUUGAGAAUCUUGCGCAUGCAAAGCCACCACCAUGUUUCUCUCGCCGAGACAAAGCCGUAGACACCGACCACGCCGCAAUCGGAGCCCGGACGAAGCCGCUAGAGCUUCCGGAAGUAUCGCCUCUGCGCGCGUGAGUUACACGCGCCACCGCCGGAAUUCGUCGCCGCCGUUCCACCGCCGUAAAUCGUCGCUGCCGUUCCACCGCCGGAUCGUCGCCAGACCGUCGCAGGGCCGCCUCUUCGCCGCUGCCAGAACGCCACUGAACCGCUGUGACUCGCCGCUGCCGGCCGCCGUGACUCGCCGGUAACUCAGUGAGUCAACUCGUUGACCAGUUUAAAUUGAAUUUGAAAUCGGUUAGGGUUAACCGGUCGGUUAGGUCAAAUUGAUUUCUGGUCAAGGGUUGACCGGAUUGACUUUUGACCAGCGAGUUGAUUUUUCCAUAUACCUUGACCAGACCCGUUUUAAACCGUUCGAAAGGUGUUCUAACUCGAAUUUUCGCCCUGGUUUCAGAUUUGGAGUCUA